UGAACAGGCGGACAAUGCAAUCGCUGCACGGUCCCGACACGCGCACACUCAACGCAGUCUGUUCAAACAGGUUGCUCGGCUGAACUCCUGAAACCACUCUCUCUGCAUCCGGUUCGCAGAAAACCAUUUCCGCAGUCGGGAGAUUCUCGCCAGGCCAUAUACAACACCCGCCGCUUAUCUCUGCACGAGAGCGGUAUCGCGAUCUUAGCGGUCUCGGAGAUAGCCGCGGAGUUUUCGUGCGAUUGCAUGUCGUGUGCUCCCUGCAGUCGUCCCGUUCACCACCACCGAUUAGGACCGAGUGUCGUCCAGUGGCGGGAGGAGUUUUGUUUACGCUCUCGCCCGAUGGGUGCUCUUGCGAUUUCGAGCCAGCGUUCUCCACCCAACGUUUCUCCCACCGACCACUCCAAGACAGGCGUCCCGUCGAAGCAACCGAUUCCCAAGGCGCUGAGGGACUCGGUCCAGAGGUCCAUCGCAGCCUCCAGUUCCGUUUUGGGCGACUGGGACAUGCUGUCAGAAUUCGCGGGUGAUCCCAAGGAAUACCAGCGACUUCGAUGGAGUCGUAACAGCCUUCUGACCAGGGCGAAGCUGGCGUCGGCGGUCGGAAAGGCUCAGUUGCACUGCACGCGCUGCGAACAUCAGUGGCACGACAGCUCCGUCGAGGUAUUUUUUGACCUGGGCAGACUUGGAGCUCCUCGGGUGGUGCGAAAACAGUGCUUCAACUGCGGUCACCUCGUGGUGCCGUCCUUCUCGUGCAUCGAGUGGGAUCGACUCGCCAGCGAGGCCCUCGGCAAGUGGUCCAAGAAGGCACUCGAGGCGCAUCGUCGGCAGCGCGACGGUCUGCCGGGGUCUCAGCACACGUCGGUUACUGUGUCUGACCCGAUAACGAAAAACACGGUGCUUUAUAGCGUGGACGUCGUGAACAACAACGCUCUUUGACGUGGCUCCUUACGCAGUCCCGACGGUCUUCAAAUCUGCUGUUUUCUUAAUGUGUUUUUUGGCUACUUAGUUUUCUUAGACCUACGGACCUCUUGUAGACACGAAUUCAACCGGAAUGAACGUCGUAUUUAAACUGCCUGUUCCUGUAUAGCGUCUCGUUUUUUUGUGUUUUUUUUUAUAUAAACAAAUAAUGCAGUGCAACAACUUUUUUUUUUUUUGCUUUUUUGAAAUCUACGUUUCUCUAAAAUUUUGGAAUAACCGGCGUCUACCACUAACUUUUUUUGAAAGUAUUGCCUGGACUAGCUUCGGCUGUUAUUGUGUAACUUACUACAUAUUUAUAUUACUCGCGCACUAGUUUAAUUUGAGUUUAUUUUCAUAAAGGUAAUCGAUUGCUUCUAUAAUUUUCUAGCUCUGUACAUUCCGCUACUGUAACGUAUGCGUACGGGAUAACUCCGUUCGUUUGUUGUAGACGCCCCUCAGCAACUUUCAAUGGCUCUUAGACUUGAUUCGUGACAUACUCACUUCUAUAUAAAUAAUUAUCAGGCAAUUCACUCAUUCAUUAAUUCAUCAUGUUAUUUUCUGAUGAAGAGCCGAAGCCUUAGUAAUGAUGCACAGCAGAUGGAUAAAUUAGUGGUAAAGAACGACUUAAACACAGAAAAAAAUGGGUCAGAAAUAUGAAACCCUGCUAGACCAAUGUAAUUAUACAACUGUUCAAUGCGAGACAUGGGGUUAGUUAAGUACAUGUGGUACUUUAGCUUGAAUAUCCCAUAGGUACCAGGUAUUUGUUUUUCAUUAUGUAGAUGUACCAUGUGUGAAUACGAUAAAUUAAACUCAACUCAGCGUCCAAUGUUCGAGUACUUGACACAUAAAAGAUAUACUGUUUUAUGUUUUGUUUCUGGAAUUGAUACAUUUUAUGUAUCUUCACUUUUGCUACUUUAAACCCUAUCAAAUCCUGUAAAGAAACCGAUAAUCAAAAUACACUGUGCCAUGGUUUCCAUUUCGUUCUCACUGUACCUAUUUAGAAAGUGAUAACUUAUUUGGAUGUCACCAAAGUGUAAAUAAAUGUGUUUUCUUUUUUUA